AACCGGAAGAGCGCUGUUAGCAUUCGGCUAAAAACACAGGCAGCUCCACUGGAAGAUUUAUCAAAAAUCAUCACAAUCGGACUCUCUGAUCGAUUACAGGUGAAUGAUCGACGAUCAGCACGGGACUACAGAUUCGCGUCGAUUGGAGAACGCGCGAUGGAUGACAGUAAAAUGGUUGCUGGAAAAGUAAAGAAACCAGGCAAACGUGGCCGCAAACCUGCCAAAAUCGACCUGAAGGCCAAGCUGGAGAGAAGUCGCCAGAGCGCCAGAGAGUGUCGUGCCAGAAAGAAGCUGCGCUACCAGUAUCUGGAGGAGCUGGUGUCCAGUAAGGAGAGAGCCAUUUGUGCGCUGCGUGAGGAGCUGGACAUGUAUAAGCAGUGGUGUCUGGCCAUGGACCAGGGUAAGAUCCCAUCUGAAAUCAAAGCCCUCCUGACCGGAGACGAGCAGAAAGCGCCACAGAGCUCCAGCAACAAGAUCCCCAAGAACGGCAAGUACGGCUCCAGCGGAAACAGCCAGAACAAGACGUCUUAGACAGAUCUGUGGAUGUUCGGUGGUCUGGAGCGAGUGCGUUUGGAAGCGUGAAUGUGAACAGUGUUGAUUCACAGUGUUUAUCUGUCGUUUUGUAGUAAUGGGACGUUUAAAAUAAGCUUUUCCGUUUUUUAAUUCACAAUAAUAUGACAAUUCAGAUAUUGGAGAGUUAUUCCUGUUGAUUCCUCAUCUGUAUGAGGAAGUGAUUCACGUCCAGGUUUUGUGUUGAUGUGUGAAUGUUCUGUGUGAUUCGUAAACAUUUCCUCCUCCUUUAUAUAUUUAUUUUGGAACCGUUCUGGUACCAAAUAAUUUGUGAUGAAGGAUUCAGCAUUCGUGAGUCCGAUCUACCACUGGAUAAAAAAUUAAAAAGCUAAUUGCAUCUUAUUUAUCUCACAGUUUUUUCACAAUUCCAAGUUUAAAUGUUGCAUUCACACUUUUUUCUUGUAAUUCUGAGGGAAAAAAGUCAGAAUUGUGAAAUAUAAAUAAAGAAUGACAAAAUCUUAAUUUGAAAUCACAAGUUAGUUCAUAAUCAAGUUACUUGCAAUUCUGAGAAAAAAAGACAAAAUUGUAAGAUAUUAACUAUACAGAAAGUCCAAAUUAUGAAAUAAACAGUUGCAAAAUGUAAUGUUUAUAUCUGGCAAUUCCUAGUUUUUCUUAGAAUUGUGAGAAAAAGUUGCAGUUACUUUUUUUAUUCCUUUAAUCCGUGGUCAAAAUAAGCUUCCAUAGCAAACAGACAGGAGAGUUUGACAGAAUGUGGUGAUUCGUCACUCUGGUGUGUGUUGUAAUCAGUUUAAUGCAUUAAACCUUUAGAUAGAGACAUUAUAAGACAGACUUUUGCCAAAAUCUCUUGCUCGGCUCUUUGCACUUUACAACAUUUUAAAAGAUUUCAACGCAUAGCACUUCCCUUUUCCUAUGUACAAAUAGAGUUUGUCUGUGUUUGUUGUUGAUCAUGUAUUUAUUUCACUAACUGAACCUUAAAGCACUUUCCUUCAAAGGUCUAAUUUUUGUACUGAAAGUUUCAUCUUUCUGCUUUAUUUGGCAGGUUUGCCAAAAACAAAACAAAAAAGUUUAAUAUUUCAUCACCGAUGAGUUAUGAUCUGAAUGAAUGUAAUGAAUGUGAAACUAUUUCAUCAGUGUUGAUCGGCCCAAACACACAGAUGCAGAAGUGUUUUGUGAGACGUUCAAGUUUUAAUGAACGUAAAACACUUUGAUUGGCCUACAGCACUUUUCCUUGUGGCUCCCGAGUCUCUAUUCUGGCUGGCAUGAUCUAUAACAUUUAAGCUCAAAUGUAUAUUUUUAUAUGCCAUGUAUAAAAUGUAGAUUGUAAUUUGUUGCAGGAUGAACCUUAUUAAUGACAAACGUCUUAUUAAACAAUGUAGCUUUGCUUUGUGAUCAUGAAUAUAAACAGUGGAUCUGAA